GAUGUAAAUUUUAUAGAACCACAAAAAAUAUAUAUAUAUACUCGAGUGCAAAUAAAAACUAUUUAUUGAGAAUUAGUGAAAUUUAAAAUAAAAAUUGUGCAGAAAAUUAAUAAAAUUGUGAAUGGAAUUGAUUAAAUAUAAAACUUCUAAAACAAAUUAAAAAAAAGGAUUGAACAAACUUGAGUUGAAAUAAGUGUUAAUAAAGGAGCGAACAGAUACCAAAAUAUUCGCGCUACAGAACUCUUCGACCAUGGGGGCAGCGGUUACUCCAUGGUCGUCAACAAUGAUGAUGGACAGAAUAUCAAUCGACGAUAUGCCGCAUAAAGGUAGAGGUCAUAGUGGAGUUAAUCAACUUGGCGGUGUUUUUGUAGGGGGGAGACCAUUGCCGGAUUCAACGAGGCAAAAGAUUGUAGAGCUGGCACAUUCGGGAGCAAGGCCCUGUGAUAUAUCAAGAAUUUUGCAAGUCUCAAAUGGCUGCGUUAGUAAAAUUUUAGGAAGGUAUUAUGAAACUGGUAGUAUUAGACCUCGAGCAAUAGGUGGUUCAAAACCUCGUGUAGCUACAACAGAAGUUGUUAAUAAAAUUUCAUUGUACAAAAGGGAAUGUCCUUCGAUAUUUGCAUGGGAAAUUCGUGAUAGACUGUUACAAGAAGGAGUGUGCACUAAUGAUAACAUACCAAGUGUGUCUUCAAUAAAUCGUGUAUUAAGAAACUUGGCAGCACAAAAAGAACAACAACAACAGCAUCAAGGUCAUCAACCAUCAACAAAUAGUGCACAAAUAAAUUCCUAUCAACCAACAAUUGUUAAUGAUACAAUUUACGAUAAAUUACGCUUAUUGAAUAAUAAUCACCGUCAUCAAUCCAUCAGAGAUUCGUGUUGGCCACCUCGUAGUCCAACUUCAUGGUAUCCACAUAUAAAUAAUUCACAUCAUCAACAAGAAACUAGUAUUAAUGUAAAUGAUGUAACAACAAACUCAUUGUCAGUUACAAAUAUCAUGUCACCACAAUCUACCACACCUAUUAAAGAAUACUCGUCAUUAAGUCCUAAUUCAUGUAAAGCAUCAUCAAUUAAUGAAGACUUGAUAAAAACUAAUUCCAAAAAAGAAACGCAAUCGGAUGGAAAUAUUUCCGGUGAGGGUGAAAACUCAAAUACUGAUUCAACAAUUGACACCGAUGACGAUCAAGCAAGGCUGAGGCUAAAAAGAAAAUUGCAACGUAAUCGUACUUCAUUUUCAAAUGAUCAAAUUGACAGCCUGGAAAAGGAAUUUGAACGAACACAUUACCCAGAUGUGUUUGCUAGAGAACGUCUUGCCGUAAAAAUCGGAUUACCAGAAGCCCGCAUUCAAGUAUGGUUCUCAAAUCGAAGAGCAAAGUGGAGGCGAGAAGAAAAGCUACGGACUCAGCGAUUGUCAACACCAAACACAAAUAGUAACAUCAACAAUAACAGUAGCUCAUUGAAUACCAACAACAAUCAUGAAAUCAACUGUGCAAAUGAUACUAGUUCUUCAACAGAAACUGCUUCUAAAGUGAAUACAAAUGGCCAAAUAAAUGUUAACAAUAUGUUACACGAUUCACACGCCAUCAGUAGCAUAGCAGAGAGUCACAAUACAAAUAUUAUUGGAGAAAUGCAUAAUCCUUUAUUAAAUGGAAAUCAUCAUUUGCCCACUCCUUCGAGCUUGAUUACUCCUACAUCAUCAGCUCCGUCAUUAUCACCGCCAAGAUUUAAUUUUAAUCAUGGAUUUUGUAGCACAAUGAGCCCAAUGUAUACGCCGCAGAUGUCUAUUGCUGAUUCUUAUAGUUCAAUGCCAUUUUCACAUGGACCAAUCAGCUCAAUGGCAACUUUAUCAACAAAUCCCCUAGGUCUCCAGCAACAACAACAUAUACAGCACAAGUAUGAGCCACAUCAGCAAUAUCAUCAAAGAAACGAUGAUAUGACUCCACCAUCUACAUAUCAAUGUCAUAUGUCACGAUUAAAUAUUCCUUCUCCAUCUUUACAAUCAUUACAUCAAGUACAACACUCAAGUUUAUCAUCUUUGCAAAAUCAUCAUUCAUACUCUUCAACGUCAUCAUCUCCUCAAAGUACACCAUUAGAUGGUUCUCACACAAUGCCGCCAACAAGCAUAACUCCACCAUCAUCAAUAGCUCCACCAAGUUCAAUGAUUUAUUAUGAUUCAAUCAAUAUUGGUGGAUAUCCAUCAAGAUUAUCCCCAUGCAGUUCGAAUGAAAAUUAUCAGCUUAAUGGAGCUCCUUAUAUUAAUUCAAAUGGAAGCUCAGGUUUAAUAUCAUCUUUACAUAAUCCUGCAUCUUCGUCAGAUAUGGCUCAUUAUUUUUUAAGACUUCAAUGAUUUUAAAGUACUUACGUAUCAACAUGUGUUUAAUGUUAAUG